AUGCUAUUUUCCUUGACUGUGUCCAAAGGUUGGACUCUACGGCAACUUGACAUUCACAACGCCUUUUUAAACGGCCAUCUAGCCGAGACAGUUUACAUGAAACAACCUCCGGGGUAUGAGGAUCCUAUGACGCCUGGCCAUGUGUGUCACUUGCAGAGAUCUCUUUACGGGUUGAAACAGGCGCCCAGAGCCUGGUUCAAACGUCUUCAUGAUUUUCUGUUAUCCACAGGUUUUCAAGCAUCCAAAACUGAUGUCUCUUUGUUGUAUUACACAGCAAGAGACUCCCGUGUGUUUUUGCUAGUCUAUGAAGAUGACAUCAUUAUGAUGGGCAAUGAUGCCAAACUAGUGACUACCUUGCUACAACGACUGUCUACAACCUUCAAGAUCCGAGAUUUAGGAGCACUGGGGUUCUUUUUGGGUAUCGAGACAAUUGUGGUGGAUGAUGGUCUACUUUUAUCGCAACGACGUUACAUGACAGAUCUCCUUGGCCGCUCCGGCAUGGUUGAUUGUAAGCCCCUUGCCACCCCAGCAGCUGUCACCAAGUCAAUCACUCCGGUGGAUACGCCUUAUGAUAAUCCGACGCAGUAUUGGCACAUUGUUGGUGCCUUACAGUAUCUGACGAUCACGCUUCCCGAUUUGUCUUAUGCGGUCAAUCGACUCUGUAAAUUCAUGCAUACAUCGACGGAGGAGCAUUGGAAUCUGGUGAAACGGGUCCUUCGUUACAUCAAAGGCACUCUAGACUUUGGGUUGCAGCUUACUCCGUCCGUGUCUACUGCUAUUCAUGCCUACUCGGACUCUGACUGGGCUAGUUGUCCCGUUGAUAGGAAGAGUACAAGUGGCUACGCUGUUUAUCUGGGUUCUAAUCUAAUCUCAUGGUUGUCCAAGAAGCAGUGUACUGUGACCCGUUCUUCUACUGAAGCUGAGUAUAAAGCGUUAACUGAUGUAUCCAUUGAAGUCACCUGGGUUGUUUCGUUGCUUCAGGAGCUCGGGUUACACUCUGGUCAACCAGCAACGUUAUGGUGUGACAAUCUUGGUGUUACGUAUCUGUGUGCGAAUCCGGUCUUCCAUGCUCGCACUAAGCAUGUGGAGAUUGAUUACCACUUUGUCCGUGAUAAAGUUGCUUCAGGCGACUUCUUGGUGAAUUAUGUGUCUACUACUGAUCAGUUAGCCGAUAUCUUCACCAAACCGCUUCCGUCACCGUGUUUUUCUGCUCUACGAGGCAAGCUCAAUGUGGCCUCUCUGCCGCCUUGUGCUUGA